CGAUUUCAUAUCAAACUCGGAUAUUUAAUUUUGACAGAUAAAUCGACCAUCUCUAGAAGCAAAUCUUAAUGGAAUCGCCAUUCGCCACCAUCUUGACAGUUCUACAUUUGUUAUUUUAUAGGAUUUCGUUUUUCUAUCUCUAUCCGUAAAAUUGUUAUUGUUCGCAUACAAAUGCGUACAUUUUAUAACAAAAACAUAUAAAAUAUACAAUAAACAAAACUAAAAACCAUGUGCAAAUAAAUUUUACAUUUAAAUGAGUGAAAGAAUUAUAGAAAAACAAUUGAAAAAUUUCAUUCUUGUCCAGAAGAAAAAUUGAAUUUUCUCACAAAAAAAAUCCCGACACGACCCUUCGAUCGUCGUCGUUGUCCGUCAUUGAAUUGAAAAAGAACAAUCAAGUGAAUUUGAAGUUUUCUUUUUUUUUUUGUGUUCUGGGUUUUUGUUUUAAUAAAAUAAGGGUGGUGGGGUGGACUAUAUGCACUUGAUUUCAAUUAACAAAUCAAUUAAGGUUUUCAAAGCAAACUUAAACAAAAAUGUGGAACUCUGAAGAACUUCAGUAAAAUAAAAAUAACUCGGCAUUUUACAACUACAACAAGAACAAAAAAACUAACACAAUUGGAAGAGUACGCGCAAACAUUGUGUGGUUAGUAAAGCUUGAAAUCGGUUGGUAGUUAGUCGUCGUUCGUCCAAGGCAGACAACAAUGGCAGCUAAUAGCAGAACCGAACUUUACUUACGGCCAUUGCCAUUUUUAGACUCAAAGUGGCUGCGUGCUGAUCUAAUAUCAAAUCUUCGAAAUGUUGAAGACACUGCGGUGUUGUGGAACAACCUAAUACAAGAUUGUGAAUUAGUUUCCUCACAGGCCGCACCCGUUGUUAAUAUAGCUGGAAAUCUAUCGUAUUUGGGCGAUGAUGGAAAACAUUAUUGUGGCGUCGAGAAAUUGAUGUGCCUUUGUUGUUCUUGCUAUUGUGGACCCUUGUCUGGAUGUAAUUGUGGGUCUUGUCGCUUGUUAGAUUCGGAUUUGGCAAUUAAAAAGAUAACCACAAAUGUGAGUGUUCCAACAGCGAUUUCAUCGGAUUCUCUUUUUGAGUCUUGGUUGUGGGGACAAACACCAAAAGAGGAACAAAAGGAAAAUUGCCUUAAGACCUUAUUGGGUGAGUUGCAUGAAAUUUCCCUUCAAGCUGCAGGCAAUUGCUUAUCAUCAGUGCAUCUGCGACAACAAUUAUACAUCUAUGAAAGAUAUUAUGUAGCUUUGGCACGUUGCAAACAACAAUCGGGAGAGAAUCCGUAUAAACGAUUUAGUCAGGAUGCAAGUGUUGCAACGACUGUAACUAUAACUACAGCUGCACCAGCAGGAAAUCAAUCUUCAAUGGACAAGUCAUUUAUAGCGGGAAAAUACAGGUCGGUUGACCUUGCACUUGGUGGAACUAGUAAUUCGGUUAAGGAUAACGAAAGGGCAACAAUGGGCUUGGCUCGUGUAGGCACCAGAGCUGCUUUAAAUUUUUCAUUUGCAUUCUUACGGCGCGCAUGGCGUUCGGGCGAGGAUACGGAAAUGUGCAGUGAGCUUUUGAGUGAAGCAUUGGAGUCGCUACAGGAUUUGCCGGAAGCAUCACUUUUUGAUGCAACGCAAGUUUCUCCUUUGUGGAUAGAAGUUCUUGAACGCUCUAUCAAGUUUCUCCGACAAGUUGCACUUGGAGACAUAAUGGGCGGAAGGUGCAUCGCGCCACGUGAGGAUCGACACACUGCAUUGUGUUUGCUAUUGGAAUUGGGCGCCCAAAAAGGAACUUUGAGUGCAUCGCUUGAAGCAAUAGUUCUUCUACUAAUGCUUUGGGAAAAAGAAAAAGAAACCGAUGAUAACCGUGAUACACCACAAAACACCGGGGCACCACUUGUACCUAUUCUUAGACGCUAUGAAAGCAUCGGCAACUAUGGAAUUUCUUCAUCAUCUACAGAUAUUUUGCCAGCAAGCGCAACAGAAUCAUUUCUGCGAUUUCUUACACUACCCGAUCAAGAAACAUCAAAUGUGGACCUCAAGCAAUCAGCUGUCGUAUUGGUGUCACAUCUAGAUCGUUUAGCAAAGCCACACAUGCCAACUGGCACAGCAAUUCCAGCUGUAGCUAAAAAUAAACCAAGUAUUGUAGAAUGCCAAUCACCACAGCAACCAACCCAACCAUCUCAUGAUCAACAACAGGUAUUCGCAUUAGGUUGGCUUCAACUUUGCAACGACCAUUAUGGAUUCACAGCUGAACCAUCGGUUGGGAUACCAAUGCCUGGUGUCCAAAGCAAUUACCCGUUGUACUCAGCUCCCAUCGUUAAUUUCAACUUUCAGGUGAAGCAGAUUGUUUUCUCGGAAGAGAAUGUGCUUUUACUAACACAGUGUGGAAAGGUUUAUACUUGGAAAAUUUCAAAACCAGAACUUGACCCGGUAUUGGUAAAUGAGUUGUCUGAAACAACCAUACAAAGUAUUUCAUCACACUGUGAAGGUAGACACUAUUUGGCUCUGGACAUAAACGGUUACGCGUAUUCUUGGGGAAGUGGAGAAGGUGGUCGAUUAGGACAUGGUGAUGCUCUUCCUCUAGAAGAUCCUCAAAAAAUAAGUAGUUUAGAGAACAACGUCCGAAGUGUACACUGCGGAUGUACAUACAGUGCAGCUAUUACUAUCAAUGGAAAUCUUUACACCUGGGGACGUGGCACAUAUGGUCGACUGGGUCAUGGAAAUUCUGACGAUAAGUUUACCCCAACUCUUGUAAAAGCGUUGCUUGAAUAUGAAAUCGUGGAUGUGGCACUUGGAAGUGGUGAUUCUCACACACUUUGUGUAACUGCGGAGGGCCUAGUCUUUGCAUGGGGAGAUGGAGACUAUGGAAAACUGGGAAAUGGUUCGUGCAAUGGAUCACAAUUACCCAUUCAUAUUGAAGCUUUGCCAAGAGUACAAAGAGUCUUCACGGGAUCUCAAUUUAGUUUAGCUCUGACUUGUGAUGGAAAAAUUUAUACUUGGGGAAAAGGACUUGGUGGACGACUUGGUCAUGGUUGUAUGGACAAAAGCAUUCAAGGAGUCGUUGAAAUUGUUAAUACACCAAGACUUAUAAAUGCACUUGAGGGAAAGCUCAUUGUAGAUGUCGCCGUUGGUGCUGCGCAUUGCAUGGCUUUAAGCAACACUGGAGAAGUUUUCGGUUGGGGUCGCAAUGACUACCAACAAGUCUGUCCGCAGGGUAUAUCAAAAGAUCCUAUUCUCUCUUCCCCCAUUUUGGCUACCCAUCCAUCGGUGCGUGUAUCUGGAAUAUCAUGUGGAGCUACGCAGAGCAUAGUAUGGAGCCAGACUUCAAUACAAGGAAUUCCAACAAAAAUACCAUUUGUAAUUGAUCUAUCUGACCAUACUUUCCGACUAUUGGAUCAACUUUUGGGCAUGGUUUGUGGACAGGAAAUUCGGCAAACGCCGAAUCAAGAGUCAGAAUGCAUUGCAGUUGCUUGUUUAAACUUACUAAGGCUUCAAUUGCAUGCUCUUAUUGCUAAUGGAAUAUCUCCAAAAUCAGUCGGCUUGAAUGAAGGUUCUAGAUUACUAAUUAACCUAAAGACACGCAUACUUGGACUAGCCGGUGGAUCGUGCAUUCUAAAAACAAUGCAAGAAGCAGCGCAAUGGACUUUACAAAUUGGUUGGAGUGUACUAUUACCAACAGCUUCAGAGAGAGCUCAAACACUAACAUCCUUGUUGCCAUCUGAACCGGGUAUUUCAUCUUCUGGUCAUCGUUUUAUGACAGAUCUUCUUGUUGGCUCACUAAUGGCCGAAGGAGGUCUAGAAAUAGCUCUGAAUCAAGCUAUUCGAUCGGAAACCUCUGAAUGUAUAGAAAGUGGACAUAAUUUACCACUUCUUCAUUUAAUAAAACAACUUCUGCGAAAUAAUUCUGCUCUUACUCAGGCUCGAUUGUCACAACUUUUGAUUAGUGCUGGUAUGAUAAAAACCGAUGAUGAUGGAGGAAUGACAUUACCAGAGCACACAAGCCCCAGCCUAGAUCUUUUGCAUAGGUUUCAACGUCUUUUAUUCUCAAACAUCCAUCAAUCCAAAGCAGAGGACUCAUCGGGAGCAGAAGCACUUCUCAGUAAGUACGUUCAUGGAGCAGUAGGAUUGUGUGUGAUGUCGCUGCAAAAAGCCCACGAGAUUGCAUUGCAGGGCAAGGAUGGUGUGGUUGACAUUCUCAAGUCAGAUAUUUCAGACACAUUGCUGUACGAAAUGCUUAUAGGACUAGUUAUAUUGAACCGUGAUAAGCCAAACAUUUUGCAGGGAUUUGAAUGGACAAAAACAUUCAUACCCCUAUUACAUGCUCUAGAUAACUUAAAUAGAGUUAUUUGUGACAGUGAAAUUCAGUUUUUAUUUCAGGAUUCGGAUGAUAUGGGUUGGCCAGGCAUCAUUUGUCGUGGUACACAAAAAACUUCACCUAUCCAAGAAGAACCACUGCUUAUCAGAAAAAAUGAUUUUGAAAAUCAGAUUGCAGAUGGUGGAAAAUGGGUCAUAAUACAUGGAUAUGUGUGCGAUGUUAAUGACUAUCAAAGCGAUGUUCAUGCCAUCAAUGAGCUUAUUGAAGCCGGAGUUGGAAAAGAUCUUACGUCUGAUUUUAAUGCACCAAACUAUAGACAUGCACUGGAGUAUAUAAUGAACAACUACAAAGUGGGAAAGUACGCGCCCAAUAUUUCGGACGAGAAGCCACAACUACAUCAAAGCAAAGUAUUAACUCAUUUCAACUCGGAACGGGCUUUGUCGUUUUUACUUGGACUUGUAACAAGCAUUCUUCAAGCUGGUCCUCCCUUGCAGCCAGCCGAAAUUCAAUGCAAAAGCAUUCUUCGCUCUAAAAUUCUAAGUGGAGGUUUACAGGUUCUUCAACCAACGAAUCCAUUCGACGAAGAAAAAGGCGAAGCUCGAAGCAGUGCUAGUACAGCUGGAAGCACUCCAACUGAACCCAGUAAUCAUCAAAUGCCAAGCUGCUUAGAUCAACCGACAUUUAGCUCUGUGCACCAAAGAAUUGAAGCUCUACUCAGUGGUCUUGGAGAAGCAAGACUUUCUGAUCCAUUGGUAUCAGGAUGGAUGGCGGUAUCAGAACGAUUUUGCAAAGAACAUAAUCUUAUUUGGCACCAAGAAUUUCCCCCAGAGCAUUCAGUUCAGGAACUCGAAAGAUUAUUAACUGCGGUUCUUAUUCGUCAUCAAAGUCUUGGUCCACUUAUUUUAGCUGUAAUUGAUCGUGAACUUGGUGGUUUAACUGAAAAGCCACCAAAACAAAUUUCUGAAAUUAUACGACUUGUUCAUCAAACAAAAUGGGCAGUUGUGAGGACACGCCAGCAGUUAAAUAGGAGCUACAAAGAAGUAUGUGCUCCUAUGUUGGAACGUCUGAGAUUUCUUUUAUACGAAGUGCGUCCGGCAAUAAGCCUUGAACAAUCAGGCUUAAGAAAGCUUUGUAUUUUGCACAAAUUUCCAAGGUUCAAAACGGUUGUUAAAAACAUUAUAUCUGAGAUGCGCACUGAAAAGAAACAGUUAGCUUGUAAUAAACCUGAAGACAUACUUAAUGUUACCAUUCAAAGCCAACACGCUGCGCUAAAAAACCAAUCCCAGGAAAAUCUCCUUCGUGUUUCAUCUGCAGAAAAUCUAGAUAAAGAAAUUGAAACUAACACAGGCGGAGGGAAUACUCCACUUCGCAACAAUUUAUCAAACGAAAAUCUUAUUGAAUCAGGAAAUGACAACAACAUUUUUUGUGAAAGUGACAAAAAGCCGCUGCAAAGCGAUGACAUGGAUUUUGGAGACAAAAAAGCCGAUUCCGAGCAGGCUUUUGUCAACGAUGUUAUUCUUAAAUUGAGUGAAAAGUUUCUUCAUGGUUUUGAUGGCGGUGAGCUAAGCAUGACGACAAUGUAUGAGAUCGUUGAUUUUGUCAUGCAAGAGGUAUGCGAUGUAGAAACAGUUCGUCGGGCAAUGUAUUGUCAGGUACAACGUUAUCACAUUCGGCGUCAAGGGCUCGACAUUUUCCAUGAGAUACUGCAGGUAAAUGGACUCCUUGAUGCUGUACAAUACAACAUGUUAAGUGGAUACUUAGGACUUCAUCUUAAACGCAACAAACAAACUACUAUAAACAUCUUGGAGGAUCUAAAUCUAAUAACAGCUUUCCAGAAGGCAAAUCUAAUAUUGGCUCAUUCGAAAGUAUUAGACUGGGCAAUAAGUGAACUUCAAAGACUUGUCAACCAAGAACAAAUUUCGAUGAAACCAAAAUUUCAUGGUGGGAAAGACAACUCAAAUUUGGGAACAUAUGUGUUUUUAAAGAAACUGCCCAGAGCAAGGUUUCUUUUAAGUGUUUUUGGUAUUCUGGCUAAAGAUGUUGGGCCGAAUGAGCUGAGUUUACUUAUCAAUUCAGGAACACUCGGAACAAUUUUGGGAUUGUUGCGUCAAACAGGUGGUGAUAUACCUGCUAUAAAAAAUACAUAUGAGCUAUCUGUUGUCUAUGAAGAUACUAUUUUAAAACAAAAAUCGAACAAAGCUAAUUUAACGGGACCUGAAUUAGCAAAACUAAUGAAGAUCGGAACAAGAAUUUGCCGAGGUGCUGAUUGGAAAUGGGGAGACCAAGAUGGUAAUCCACCUGGAGAAGGAAGAAUUAUCAGUGAAGUUGGAGAAGAUGGAUGGGUACGUGUAGAAUGGUACACUGGAGCUACCAACUCGUACCGCAUGGGCAAGGAAGGCCAAUACGAUCUUCGCUUAGCUGACAAUGCGUCGAAUAUUGUUUCCCCAGACACAGAAAACACUGAAAAAGAUGAUUUAAUUGGCGAAACUCAGCUUUCAGGCGAAUCGCACCCCACAAAACUUUUGCGUUACGCAUGCACUAAAAUGCUCCAAAUAAUAUCAGUUGGAGUUGGUCAACAUAGCGAAAAAAUCGAUAAAGCUGCUGUCCAAGGAGUCACCUCUAUGUUCCGUGCUAUUUUAAACCCAAAAUCUGGUCUUGGAAGUAUUUGUGGUCUUGAUAGCUGGACAACACUCGGAUUUUUGCGUGCGAUUGUUGGUGAAUCAAAAGUAAUGUCUAAGUUCUUGACCACACCGAUUUGGAUAAGUUUCUACAUUGAUCUGCUAGAGCAGGCCACAUCUAGCGAACAAGAUGUUUUUAGAAAAAUACACUGCCUGCGACUACUGCAAACCGUUUUGGUCAACUGGACCGAAGAAAAUAUUACACAAACUACAAAAUUGGUUCAACAGUUGUUUUCACUACUUGGAAAAAUUACUCUUUAUUGUCCAAAUGAUGUUUCGCUACUUCAAAAUCCAGCUGAUACAAAGUCAAGAGUUCUUCUGACGGCUUCACAUUCAGGAACAGUUGCUGAAGAAAUUAUAACACUGCUUCGGAAGUUGCAUACUUUGCCAGUGUGGAAUCCUGUCAUCAAUUCAUUUCUAUCCCAAAAACUCUGUGUAGCCGCCGAAUUAUUUGGGGAUGAUGGGUUAGAAGUUACUAAUCUAGAGUCUGAGUAUGUUCAUGUGAUGGGAGUGUUGAGCACGAUUGGGGGUUGUGACACUAGGCCCCGUGUAGGACUUCAAGUUUCAUACGAAGGAAGCACUGCCACUAUUUGUGGUUUUACCAAUAAAGGCAAAUGUCUUCUCAGCACCGACGGAAAUGCUCUAAAUGGAGAGUUCCGAAAAAUUUCACUGAACACCGCGUCCGAGGGGGCAGACUAUUCGGUUUUCAGUUUGUCUCGCCUUCCGAUGAAUGAAAUGCUACUAAAUUCUUGGUCAGUGCUAAUGUAUGGUCCUGGCGAGCGAAAAGAAUCUAUACCUGGAGCAGUUGACAUUUCAUUAUUGCGCUCACAACAGAUUCAAAUCUGUGUUCUCAAUUCCAAUUGCGUUCUCUACCGACACCAAGCUUCAUUAAGAAAGAUCUUAAGACAACGUUCGCCAGGAAUGAGUUCAUAUUCUUCAGAAGAAAGUAUUUCCGAAGAAGAGCAGCAACAACAGGCCGCCAAGCUUAAUUCGAACGAAUUGAAUGUUAUAACAGACCAGACACCUGCUGGACAUGAAUCGCCAUCUUCGUUGUCAGAAAACGAACUUCUUAUCCAAAGUAUUCUCAUUCGAGCGACGCAGCCUUCUCCCCUAAAAGCUACAUAUACAUAUGCAGAACUUGCAACAGCUGCAUUGAAUGUUUCACAAAUGUUGGCAAGUCAAGCACACUCAGAAUUGAUUGGUCCAGGAUCACUGCUAUCACGAACAUUGCCACCACCAGUUCAACCUACCCUGGUUCAUGGGGUGCCAAUAUACAAUGAUGGUUCUAAUGAUGAUGUUAGCAGUAGCACACCUGCUGCUGAUGCCCAGGGAGCAUCUUCAAUAGCUGCAGCAAAUAGAAACAAAACAGCACCAUGUCCAUUAGUAUCUCAGAUCAUGGAAAUGGGUUUCUCUAGAAAGUCUGUUGAACUUGCAGUCAAAACCUUAACUGCUCACACUGAAGUUCCACCAACACCAGAACAAAUUGUUCAAUGGAUUUUAGAGCACCCAGAUCUGUGUCCACCAAUGCCGUCAACGUCUAAAGGUAGUGUAUAUGAUACCGAUGGUAGCAGCAUGAUGAAAAUCGGGCGCCAUGACCCCGAAGCUGAUUCAGACAAUGAUAGCACUGAUAGUAGUGAUACUGUAGAAGGAUCAUCAAUACAAGACCCACACCAAACAGGUGGAACAAAAUUUGCGACUCGAAGAGAUUUCCAAUUUGCAGAUCAAUACGCUAUGUAUGUAAGAGGGUUGGUGUGCCCAGGAAUGACUGUACGUUGUUGUCGAGACUUUGAAGAGAUAAAGAAGGGUGACAUAGGAACGGUACUCAAAGUGGAUACAGAAGGACUACAUGAUUUAAAUGUGCAGGUUGAUUGGCAAAUGCAUGGAGAUACUUACUGGGUAUGUUUUGUUCACAUUGAGCUUCUUGAAAUGCCUAAAGAAAAACCAACUGCGUUCGACCGAGGAGUAAUUGUUGUUGGUUCUCAAGUUCGCAUCCGUUCGACUCCACGAUAUAAAUGGGGCUACAUAACACGAGGGGCAAUUGGAACGGUCUCCUCUGUAAACGGCAAAGAUGUAACUGUGGACUUUCCUCAGCAAUCAAAUUGGACUGGAAAUUUAAAUGAAAUCGAACUUGUAAAUGCCGCCAGAGAUGGACACAUGAAUAGUGGAUCAUCUGCUGUGUUACAUGGACCACCAACUGAUCUCAUAGAGGACUGGUCACGUUGCAUUCGAUCAUUGACUGUGUCCUCGAAUGAAUCGUUGGCAAAGCAUUUGCUAGACAAAAGCUCUAACUGCUGGCAAAGUUCUUCAAGUACUCAGGGAAAACAUUGGAUUCGUAUUGAAAUGCAUGAAAACGUUCUUAUACAUAGCUUAUCGAUAGUUGUCAAUCCGGCAGACUGUUCACACAUGCCAUCCCUGAUAGUAACGCGUGUGGGUGACAGUAUCCCCAAUCUUAAAGAAUAUAGCUGGGUCUCCGUCAAAAAUAGUGAUGUGAAUGUAUCUUUAAUGAACGAUGUAAGACAAUAUUAUCAAUAUGUUGAAAUUGUGAUAAAACAUUGCCGAAACAAUGGAAUACAAUGCAAGGUACAUGGUAUCAAUAUAAUUGGACGUCGUCGACAAACCGAUCUAGAUCUUAUGCUUAUGGAUGCUGCUUUUUUGGCUUGCGAAUAUGAUAACUUGUCGAGUGAAUCAAGCUCUCUUGCAAAUUAUUCAGACGCUAAGUCAUCACAAAACGAACCACCGUGUACGGUCAUGGUGUGGGGUUUAAAUGACAAGGAGCAACUAGGUGGUCUUAAAGGAUCUAAAGUUAAGGUCCCUACAUUCUCACAAACACUUAGCCGUUUGCGUCCGAUUCAUAUUGCUGGUGGCUCUAAAUCUUUAUUCAUAGUAUCACAGGAUGGUAAAGUGUUUGCAUGUGGUGAAGGUACAAAUGGAAGAUUAGGCUUGGGGCAUAAUUGCAAUGUUUCGGUACCAAGACAAGUCCCAGUACUACAUCAAUAUGUAGUGAAAAAAGUGGCAGUGCAUUCUGGUGGCAAACAUGCCCUUGCUUUAACAUUGGAUGGAAAGGUAUUCUCGUGGGGCGAAGGAGAAGAUGGUAAGCUAGGACAUGGCAAUCGUUUGACCAUGGACAAACCGAAAAUGAUUGAGUCGUUGCGUGCCAAGAAAAUACGUGAUAUAGCAUGUGGAUCAUCGCAUAGUGCUGCUAUUUCUUCUUCAGGUGAAUUAUACACUUGGGGACUGGGUGAAUAUGGACGUUUGGGUCAUGGCGAUAAUACAACUCAAUUAAAGCCAAAACUAGUGUCUACUUUAAUUGGAAAACGUGUUAUUCAGGUUGCUUGCGGUAGUCGUGACGCUCAAACACUAGCUCUUACCGAAGAUGGAGCAGUCUAUUCUUGGGGUGACGGUGAUUUUGGUAAACUGGGACGCGGUGGCUCCGAAGGUUCCUCAGUGCCGCAUGAAAUUGAACGAUUAACUGGAAUAGGCGUAAUACAAAUCGAAUGCGGUGCUCAAUUCAGCUUAGCACUCACUCGAACCGGAGAAGUUUGGACAUGGGGUAAGGGUGAUUAUUAUCGCCUUGGUCAUGGUAGCGAUCAACAUGUAAGAAAACCAGCUCCUAUCCAAGGAUUGCGAGGAAGAAAAGUAAUACAUGUUGCCGUGGGUGCUUUGCAUUGCCUUGCUGUCACAGACAGUGGACAGGUGUUUGCCUGGGGAGAUAAUGACCAUGGACAACAAGGAUCUGGAAAUACAGUGGUGAAUAAAAAGCCUGCUCUGGUUAUUGGCUUAGAUUCUGUAUUUGUUAAUAGAGUCGCAUGCGGAAGUUCGCACUCCGUUGCUUGGGGUCUGCCACAAUCACCACCAGAAGAUGAAAAAAAGGGCCCAGUGCCUUUUGCCACAACCAAGGACCCACUUGGAGGUAGUAGCUUGGGAAUUUAUGAUUCUGAGUCCUCGCCAUCAACCUUGGCUUCGUUAAUAGGCAAACAGCAAUACAAAUUUUCAUUGAGCGAAACUCUUCUAUCGCUGGAGACAUUUGGGGCUCGACAAACUGCACUAAACUAUGUAUUAAAUGCAAUGAGUAUUCUUCAAGCAAGGCAGCUAAUUGUUGCUGCUUUAACCAGUCACAGCAAAAUAAAUUUAAAUGAAAAAAUGUCCAAUGAAGUGGAACAAUCCGAAAGUAUAAAAGAUCCAGAAAGAGUAACAAAUCCUAGUGUAGUCACAAACAACAACAACAAUGAAGUCAUUGCUCAAGGAGGUGGAGAAGCUCCUGCCGAUGCUUCUGAUCCAGCAGUUCAUGAACCAUCGCCAGAAGCGGAAGUUGUACCUGCACCGGCUGGUCCGCUAAGUGCGUUUCAAAGUUUAACAGGAUCCCUAUCACUUUCGGCAUCAAUAUCAAGUAAUGCUCCUCACAAACAUUCAAAAAUGUCAGCAAGUGUAAUGUCAGUGAUGGCGGCGACAAUGACUCAUCAUGUUGAGAUGAUUGCCGAGUCAAGUCUUACAGGAUUAGACGAUUUCACUUCUUUGUUGGGAGAGGCAGAAGCCAAGAGUCUGGUUGAACUAUUAAAACUGAGUGUUGCUGGCAGAACCGGGCCGCAAUCUACAUCGCAAACCAUUGCAGACACUUUAAUUGCUUUAGGAUCGAAUUCACCUGUUAUUGGAGCAAUGCUUCUUGAAACAUGCAUAACCGAACUUGAAGACCUUUGCACUUCAAGACAUUGUUUGGGCAAAAUACCGAAACCGGUGAUGCAGGAGAGUAGCCAUCCCUAUGUGGACAAUGUAACUGCUUUCGGCCAUGUCAAAAUUCCGGGUGCCGAAGUUCUUCGUCUUGAAUUUGAUUCCCAAUGCUCUACGGAAAAACGCAACGAUCCACUUGUUAUUAUGGACGGAUCAGGACGGGUUAUAGCAACUCGUUCUGGUCGUGAGUUUUCGCAGUGGGCGCCAGAAAUCCGAAUUCCAGGAGACGAAGUGAGGUGGAAAUUCACAAGCGACAGCUCUGUCAACGGCUGGGGAUGGAAGUUUUGGGUUCAUGCUAUAAUGCCAGCUGCUUCAAUGCAAGAAAGAGGAUCUGAUCGUUCUAUUUUAUCGCAACCUUCAAUGCCCCUGGUUAUGGCACUUUUAGACUCAAGAUUAGGACCAAACAACAAUAGCGUUUUGUUAAGACUUGCUGCUGCAUUAGCAGCAUGUGCCCAACUUAGUUCCCUAACAACUGCACAACGAAUUUGGUCGUUAAAGAAGCUACAUUGUGUCCUUACUUCAAAACACGCCCCAAAAGUAUUAGAUCCCUCUCUAAAUCCUAUUUUAAUGCCAUUGAUUCCAGAAUUCCUACGACAGUAUGAAUAUGAAGAGCCCCAAGUGCGUGGUGGAAUUCACCUCAUGCAUUCAGAUUACUUUAAGACCCUUGCUGCAUUGGCGUGUGACAUGCAACUUGACUCUGUAUUACCACCCGCCGAUAUGCAUAAGUGGGUUUGGUUCAAACGUUAUUGCAUAGCUGUUCGAGUAGCACAAUCGUUAAUAAAGCGAACAGAGCUUCCUCGUGCGUUUUGCCUGGAAGUGAAAAAGAAAUUUUCCGAAAUGAUGCCACCACAAAAUGCUUCACCAUCAACCUCGAUUAUGAUGAACUCAACGACUUCCUUAUCAUCGAGUACAACAAGUAAUGCAACACCAACACCUCCACCGUCAUUGCAGCAGCAACAACUGCCGCCUACAACAACCGCUUCAAUGGUCAAUUCCCUCACACCAAGCACAAGCAAUUUAAUUCAGUACAUAGACUCGGUAAUGUCCUUGUCGAUGCACGACGUGGAUCAAAAGGUUGUCAAUGAACAAACGCAAUUCCUCCAUGAAGAUCAUACUCUAUUCAAAGCUGAACAUGACAGCCAGCUUUUACAGUGGUUGAAUCGACAUCCGGAAGAUUGGGCUUUGUCGUGGGGUGGAGCCAGCACGAUCUACGGUUGGGGUCACAACCACAGGGGGCAGCUAGGAGGUCUCGAAGGAAGUAGAAUUAAAGCUCCAACACCAUGUGAAGCUUUAAGUUUAUUGCGUCCAGUACAGUUAGCUGGAGGGGAACAGACCCUCUACGCUGUUACGCCAGAUGGAAAACUCUUUGCAACUGGUUAUGGAUCCGGAGGACGACUAGGAAUAGGAGGGACUGAUUCCGUCUCAACACCAACAUUGGUAGAGUCUUUGCAACAUGUUUUCGUUAAAAAAGUUGCUGUCAAUUCUGGAGGCAAACACUGCCUUGCCCUAACAGCAGAUGGAGAAGUCUAUUCCUGGGGAGAAUGCGAUGAUGGCAAACUAGGACAUAGCAAUCGAAUGAGUUACGAUAGACCGAAGUUGAUUGACGCGCUAUCUGGGAUUGGAAUUGUUGACAUUGCUUGCGGCAGCGCGCAUUCAGCUUGUAUAACAUCAUCUGGACAUGUUCUGACGUGGGGAAAAGGUAGAUAUGGCCGUUUAGGACAUGGAGACUCUGAAGAUCAAUUGCGCCCAAAACUGGUAGAAGCUUUACUUGGAUACCGAGCUGUUGACAUCGCAUGCGGUUCAGGAGACGCACAAACUUUAUGCAUUACUGACGAUGAUAAUGUUUGGAGUUGGGGUGACGGCGAUUAUGGAAAACUAGGUCGGGGUGGUUCCGACGGUUGUAAGGUACCAACGAAGAUUGAAAGUCUUUCUGGUUUGGGAGUAAUCAAAGUUGAGUGUGGAUCACAAUUUUCUGUAGCGCUGACACGAUCUGGAGCUGUUUACACAUGGGGUAAAGGAGAUUAUCACCGUCUCGGACAUGGAACUGUAGAGCAUGUACGAAGGCCAAAGAAAGUGGCCGCUCUUCAAGGAAAAAAGAUCAUCUCUAUAGCUACUGGUUCUCUUCAUUGCGUUGCAUGUAGUGACACUGGUGAAGUAUACACUUGGGGUGAUAAUGAUGAAGGACAACUUGGAGAUGGUACAGUAAGUGCUAUUCAAAGACCAAGGUUGGUAACAGCAUUGCAAGGAAAGCAUAUUGUUAAAGUUACAUGUGGAUCAGCCCAUACACUUGCUUUAUCAACGUCACAGUUAACAGAAAGAGUUCGUCCGCCACCAAACCCGCCUUUAGAGUAUGAUCUUGUAAGAGAUCUUCCGGCGGAGGCACUUCACGCACGAUUAGUUCUUUUGCAUCAUUUCUCUGAGCUUGUUUGUCCAUGUCUAGCAAUGCUUCCCAUUUCUGGUGAAUUAAGCUUAGGAGCAUUGAAAGAUGUGCUUGUUUACACAAUAAAAGAAGCAGCUUUCCGAAAGGUUAUUCAGACAACAAUGGUCCGUGACAAACAACAUGGUCCCGUAAUCGAAUUGAAUCGCAUUCAAGUCAAACGUUCUCGAAAUAAAUCUGGCAACGGAUUAGCUGGUGUGGAUGGAAUGAAGAGCGUUUUCGGACAAAUGGUGCAAAAAUUGCCUUUAUUAACUCAAGAAGCACUUUCGUUGCCACAUCGAGUUUGGAAAGUAAAGUUCGUAGGAGAAAGCGUUGAUGAUUGUGGAGGAGGAUACUCGGAGUCUAUAGCUGAAAUGUGCGAUGAGUUACAAAACGGUAGUGUUCCCCUUCUUAUUAAUACACCAAACGGAAGGGGUGAAGCGGGAGCUAAUCGUGACUGUUUCCUCUUGGAUCCAAUGUUAACAUCAGUGCUGCAGAUGAACAUGUUCCGGUUUUUGGGUGUGUUGAUGGGAAUUGCUGUUCGAACUGGUUCGCCUUUAAGUUUGAAUAUGGCCGAGCCAGUAUGGCGCCAAUUGGCUGGAGAAAAUCUUCGGGCUAGUGACCUCACGGAAGUUGAUCGCGACUAUGUGGCCGGACUUCUUUGCGUACGCAACAUGGAAGAUGAUCCAAAAGUUUUCAGCACUCUUGAAUUGCCAUUCUCAACGUCGUCGGCCAAGGGCCACGAAGUGCCUUUAUCCACACGAUACUCUCGUAUUACACCUCAAAAUCGCCAUGAAUACGUGCGACUCGCGUUAAAUUUCCGUCUGCAUGAAUUUGAUGAACAAGUGAAAGCUGUUCGCGAUGGAAUGUCCAAAGUGAUACCCGUCCCACUACUUUCUUUAUUUUCAGCGGCAGAAUUACAAGCGAUGGUUUGUGGAUCACCUGAUAUUCCGUUGGGAUUAUUGAAGUCUGUUGCAACAUAUAAAGGAUUUGAUCCGAAUUCAGCGCUCGUUUCAUGGUUCUGGGAAGUUAUGGAAGAGUUUUCUAAUCAAGAACGAUCGCUAUUUCUACGUUUUGUAUGGGGUAGAACACGAUUGCCAAGAACUAUUGCCGAUUUUCGAGGGCGCGACUUUGUUUUACAAGUCUUAGAGAAAAACCCCCCUGACCAUUUUUUACCGGAAAGCUAUACAUGCUUUUUCCUUCUCAAGAUGCCACGGUACUCGUGCAAGGCUGUACUUCUUGAAAAGCUUAAAUAUGCUAUACAUUUUUGCAAGAGUAUCGAUACAGACGAAUAUGCACGCGUUGCGAUGGGCGAUCCCACCGAAGCAACUGGCAGCGAAGACAACAGCGAUUUGGAAUCUGUGGCUAGUCAUGAUGCUUAAAGACAGCUUUAAAUGUAGGAGAUAUUAAAAGAAAUGCUUACGCAUUUAUUUGUUUUUGAAAAACAAACAAAAUACACAAUAAAGUGGAAGAGAACAAUACAUCCAGUGAAAGGUUUGCUCCCAUAUUUGUUAACAAUUUAGAAGAAAUCUCAUAGUAGCAUUACUGUUCUAAUUUAGUUGGUUUCCUAUAUAGUUUAAUCAUCAACUAUUUAAAUAUUACUAUAGUUUUCAGCAACAGUUAAAAAUACAUAAACAUAAAACUAAAAACUAUUUGCAUACAAACAAACAAAAAAUUAAUUCAAAAAGACAAACUAAAUAUUCAUGAUAUGUAUGUAUAAGCAAAUAUAAAUCACUUUAUUGAUAGAA